AAAAAAAAGCACUGGUCUCUUCAGGCUUGUAUAAGAAGGCUUUGCCAGUUGUGACUGUGGCGCCUUCCAAGAUGGCCGAAUUGAGCGCCGAGGCGCCGCUGGCGUACAGUGAAGAGUGGAACGAGUUCAGUGAUUUCCAGCAGGCGGCUGAACUCAACAACGGCAACGACAAUGGAAACAUGACUGGCUGCAGUCCGCCGAGGAACAAAGCUUUGGAUAAUGUCAAGAAGAUGGAGAGCAGCAGCAGCAACAACAUGGCCGAUCACUUCGGCGAAACGAGUAGCUCGCUGUCAAGUUCUCUGGAAGAUCUAGUCAACACGUUCGACGACAAGAUCACCAAGUGUUUUCGGGAUCUGGAUCAAAACGUCGAGAGCCUCGCCCCCGUCCAAAUACGUAACCAAGACGACAUCAUCAACGAGUCUCAGAUGUGGUGGACGUUGACCGGCAAUUACGGGAACAUCCUUCCAAUUGACUGGUCAAAGUCGAUGACCCGACGGUUACAUUUACCUACUCUUCAGCUAUGCGAUAGACAGAAACCCAGUCAAGAAGUGGAUACGCUGUCGGACGAGGACGAAGCCGUCGCAUCCGAUCUGGACUUGCACGCGUUGAUCGUGGCACAGAACCCGCCCGACUUGGAAAUCGAACCGCUUCAGUCAGCCGAGGAAGUCAUCAAGGAAAUUGACGAUCUAAUGCAGGAUCCUUCAUCGCCGGAUAUGAGUGAGAACAUGCACCAAAGCCCCGACACGCCCGAGUGCGCCAUGCCCUACCGAUUGUCGAGUGCCAUCCAUCAAGAGAAGUUGGAAACGUGGUCCGUUGGCCAAUUGAACGAGCUCCUUUCUGAGCUGGAAUGGCGCGUUCAACAUCACUCAGAAACUUUAAUUGCCGAGCUGGCGCUCCGCGAUGAGUUGGAAUAUGAAAAGGAAUUGAAGAACACGUUCAUCUCGCUGCUACUGAACGUGCAAAACAAGCGUCGCCAAAUGACUGCCAACCAGAAGAAGCCGACGACCAAUGCGACGACGCCGACUGGCAAGAACGGCAAUAAAAUGGGCAGCGGGUUCAGCCAGUCCGACUGCAAGUACAUCACGACAGUCAUUCCCUAUCACCCUGGAAACGGACCUCCAAGCAACCCAACCGUGCAGGUCCUCAUCAAAAUUCUCCGAGCCAUUGUUGAGGAUAGUCCGACCGUUCCGACAUUACUUACGGAUUACAUUUUGAAAGUAUUGUGUCCGACGUAGCUGUUCGGUCGUGGAGCCGCUAGUUUUGGUAUUAUUUUUUUUUUUUUUGUUUCAAUAUUCUCUUAUUUCCAAGUUUCCUUCCUUCCGUCAGUAAUGACAUCCUCGAGAAUCUUACGCAAUCUCAUUGCAGCUAGCGGGCGCACCUAACGUCCGUCCUACGCGCACCAUCCCUUACAAUACUUUUUAAACAAGAAAGAAAAGAAUUCUUUUCUUGGCAAACGAUAUAUCGGCCUGAAAGGAAUUUCUUUCUUGAAUUUGUAGUCGAAAUCGGAACAAAAAAAAUUAUCUGACUAUUUCCUCUUUCUUUCUGUAUGAAAUAAGCCUUCAUAUGUUAUUAUUUUGGCAGUCUCUAUCGCGAGAGUGUUCAAACUUUGCCUAAUGUGUUUAUAGAUUUGACUUCGCUUAGGCUUUAGCAUUUUUUCUUUUUUACGAUUAUUUAUAUACCUUGCGUGAUUUUCUUUUCUCCAUCCCGACGAAAAUGCAGAAAGUUCUAAAAAAAAAAAGAAUACAGCUGAAUGACGGGGCAGGGAUUAUUAUCAUUUCAUCGGUGAUUAGGCCUCUUUGAUAUUCCUCCCUUCUACGAAUGAGAACGAGAUUGAAUAACGAGCUUUGAAUAUGCUCGUCUAGUCAAAACAUUUGAUCCUAGUUGGACGUCCAAUUUCUUUUGAUAAGCGACGUCAUCCCACCUUUGUCGACAGCGAGCGCCUCCCUUUUUUUUAAAUAUAUUUUUUCAGGACAAGAACUAAAAAAUAAAACGAAACGAAGAAAAAAAAAAGUAACUACGUAGAUCUCAAAACCAAUUCUUUCCUCGUUCACUCUUCUCCUCCCUGCUGCACUUGACAAUGACUAAUAAAAAUUACAAAGCAAAACAGAAAUGAAAGACGAUACAAAGAUUUGCUACUUUAGACAUCAGGUUGAUAUGAUGACACUCUCUGUUCUGCUCUUGUGGCUUUUUUGCGUUCACUUCUUUCGGUUCUUCUUCUUUGUAUACUAUUUCGUGACGUGUGUGUUGUGUGCCGCCACUUAUGGACGUUAAAAAACUAAUGCGCAAUACAUUACAAUGCUCCCAA